AUGGCUGACGAUAAUGUUCCACACUCGGACUGGCUGCCCAUUAAGAAGCGUCGCCUUGUGUUACCAUCAUUCUCUGAGAGCCGCCACCCAAGCCGCAUGGAGGUCGUGCCUCUCUUCCCUCGUGUUGAACUGAUGCUCUCAGUUGCGCUUCACGCUGUAUUGUCUAAGAACCACUUCCGCAUUCUAGUACGCGCAACUAUUAUCAUUACGUGGCUAGGAGUCUUGGCUACCACACUCAAUCGCCAAUACAACGCCGAAGAUCUUGAUGAUGUAGGUCCUCCCAUAAAACUCUCGUGCGGCAGUUCACUAUGGUUGCCGGGGAACCAGUGUGGUAUUGAUGGACACGACUGUCGACCCUUCGCAAAUCAUCGCUUCGCGUUCACAUGUCCGGCGAACUGCGCGGACCAUCGCUUAUGGAAUCCGCGGACGGUUGGGAACCAAAAUCUCAUAUACACGCACAUGGUUGUCGGUGGAUCACCGGGAAUAGACCGAGACAAAAACCAGCCGUGGACAUACCGGGGCGAUUCCCAGAUCUGUGUUGCUGCCGUUCAUAACGGCACGGUGUCAAAUGCACAUGGAGGUUGUGGCAUAGUGAACCUGGUCGGAGAACGUGACGCAUACACUGGCUCACACCGGAAUGGCAUCAACAGCUCUCACUUUGACUCCUCAUUUCCCCUCUCUUUCAUGUUUGAGGAAGCACAGUGUCGAGCCAGGGAUUCACGAUGGAUGGUCCUCUUGGCGUCCAUCUCAGCGUCAACUCUAUGGUCCUUCACUGCGACAUCACCGGUUGCGUUCUUUUGGGGGACCACGUUCAUUGUAUUUUGGCAUGUUGGUCUCGUAUCCGACCCUCCAGCUAUUUCCUCUUUCCCAAGACUCUUUUCAGUUUUAACGGGGCGAUUUUUCCCAAUGUUGUUCACAUGCUGGACUAUGUACGAACAGAUGGGUGUCAAAUAUGUACUCAGUGGACUUUCAGGGCGGCUGGACCAAACCAUCCUUUGGCUAGGAGGAUGCUGGCUCGGCGCUCACGAAAACUACACCUUGCGCUGGAUACCCAUACAGCGUCUGACCCCACACGACAUACAUCGUCAGCCGGGUGCCCUGUUCUCGCUCAUUGCCAUAAUUGCGCUCCUCUCCACCAUUAGUGUUUCUCAGCUCCAAGCAUUUGCAGUUGAGGGACGUGCUAAGAGUUUGUUGAAGCGAUAUUUGGCCACUUCCAUCUGUCUAGCUGUUGGAUCGCUCGUUCCGCAACUACACCUUCGGAUCCAUCAUUACAUAUUGGCCUUGAUUCUCAUACCUGGCACUGCUAUACGUACACGAAGGUCUUUGCUCUACCAAGGUAUUCUCGUCGGGCUCUUCAUCAAUGGUAUCGCACGAUGGGGCUGGGAUCCCGUGCUGCAAACAUCGGAGGAUUUACGCGGUGACGGCCCCUUGGACUCUAUUGUCCCACAACUUUCUUCGACCCGCGUAUGCACUGAAGAGAAACUAUCCAACAUAACAUUUUCGUGGGAGACGUCGAGUAACACGAUCGAUGCGGACGGCAUGAGCGUGUUGGUAAAUGAUGUAGAGAGGUUCAGGGCAUAUUUCGAUGGCAAUUCUGUGGCUGCGAAUCAAUUCACCUGGUCUAGGCAGGAUUUUGCAAAAUCUGAUGAAUUUUUCAGGUUUGGGUACCUGAAAGAUCGACAUGCCCUGGACUAUACUAAUCCCGGUACUUGGACAAAGCAUGGAGAAUGGGUCAAGUAA